GCGACGUAUUAUAGUCUGGGCUAAUGCCAUACUAUUACAUUUAGCUACAUUAGAUAAUUAACGUUACCUAAGAAAUGUUGCCGAGGUAAAAACUAACCUGUCAAGCUACAGUAACGUUUAGCUACCAAUACAUUAGCUAGCGUUAAUAGUUAGCCACCUGUCAAAGUAAUUUAAAAUAACUAACUACUCACAUUGUUAUUAAACCAUUAUUGUAUAAUGUAUUCAAUAUUUUAUUUUCAAAAGAAUAAAAGUAAUUCGCUAUUUAUCUCGACAUGCUAGCCAUUACAAUUUUUGGAUUCCGUGGGUGUGGUGGUUGACGGGAGGAUUUUGAUGUGACACAAGGUCGUCACUAGUAACCGCAGCCACAAAGUCAAGGCUAAACCCCGUCUAUUUCUACAAUUUUUCUUAAAAUCUGAUUUUAACCCUAACCUCAACCACACUGCUAACCUUAUGCCUAACCUUAAAUUAAGACCAAAAAAAUCGAUUUUUUGAUUUCAUGAAUUGUUACUAUAUAGACCAUUUUGACUUUGCGGCUCUGGUAACUAGUAAAACAAGAUGGCUGCGCUCGCGUCCUUGAUGUUCAAGUCCAGAGCAGGUCUUCUGCUCCCUUGCCAGUCCUCUCUUGCGGACUGGGUGCGGUUCGCGUCCAAGAAGGCAGGCGGUAGCAGCAAGAACCUCGGUGGAAAGAGCCCUGGUCGCAGAUAUGGCUUCAAGAAAACAGAUGGGAACUUUGUCCAUGCUGGCAACAUCCUAGCAACACAGAGGCUCAUGAGGUGGCAACCAGGAGCACAUGUGGGGAUUGGAACCAACAACACCCUGUAUGCCCUGGAGGACGGCAUUGUCAGGUUCACUAAGGAGGUGUAUGUUCCAGCCCCACGCAGCUCUGAGACCUUCAAGGUCAUCACCAAGCUGCCCACGGGAACUGUACUCUACAAGACCUUCAUCAACGUAGUGCCCAAUAAACAGGAGGGCAAAUUCAAACUGGUUGGCAUGUUCUAAAGACUGAUGACUCUCAUUCCUAUUCCACUCUGUGGAAGUACAAACCCUACUCUUUCUAUGGACUGGGCAGUUUGGAUUUGAAAGGUUCUGUUCAACCGCGGACUCCUUUGUCGUGAAUGUUGUGGAACUGAGCUACUGCGUGAUGAGGAUUCUGGAUGUUCCAAGGGAAUUCCUCAGAGCUUCCUGUGUUGCUGUGGUGACCGUUGUCAUCGAUCCUGCACUCUUGGAAAUGUGACUGGUCGAAAGUUUAUUCAACAGGCACCUUUAUGACUUGUUGUGCUGUAAGAAGACAUACCUAUGUCAUUCCAUCCAAUAAAGUUUUAUAUAUAAUCAUGA